AUGAGCCGACAAUGGAUGUACGAUGACCGAUGCUCUCCCGAGUUCAUUAAUGGCGUGCAAACUUUUCUGCUUGUGGCUGAGGCAAACAAGCGGGCGGAUGGUUUUAUGCCUUGUCCAUGUUUAGUCUGUAAGAAUGAUCACAAUUACUCUACGUCAAGAACCAUUCACGUCCACCUGUUUAAGUCCGGUUUCAUGCCCCACUAUAAUGUUUGGACCAAGCACGGAGAAAGAGGGGUUAUGAUGGAAGACAAUGAAGAAGAAGAGGACGACGACAACUAUCCUGGCCAUGGGUUCCCUGAAUACGAUGAUACAACAAUGGGGGAAGAAGCUGAGCCGGCAAUGCGGGAAGAAGCUGAAGAAGAGGCAUCAGAUGAGCCCGCUGAUGAUCUAGGUCGGGCCAUUGCCGAUGCAAAGAGAAACUGCGCAAGUGAUUUGGAGAAGAAGAAGUUGCAGCGCAUGUUAGAAGAUCACAAGAAAUUGUUGUACCCGAAUUGCGAAGCUAACAAGGAAAAGUUGGGCACCACACUGGAAUUGCUGCAAUGGAAGGCAGAGAAUGGUGUAUCCGACAAGGGAUUUGGAAAGUUGCUGGUAAUGAUAAAGAAUAUGCUUCCAAAGGACAACGAAUUGCCCGAGAGUACGUACGAAGCAAAGAAGGCUGUCUGCCCCCUAGGGUUAGAGGUGCAGAAGAUACAUGCAUGCCCUAAUGACUGCAUCCUCUACCGCGGUGAGUACGAGGAUUUGAACGCUUGCCCGGUAUGCGGUGCAUUGCGCUAUAAGAUCAGGCGCGAUGACCCUGGUGAUGUCGAGGGCGAGCGCCCCAGGAAGAAGAUUUCUGCCAAGGUGAUGUGGUAUGCUCCUAUAAUACCACGGUUGAAACGUUUGUUCCAAAACAAAGAACAUGCCAAGGUGAUGCGAUGGCACAGGGAAGACCGUAAGAAAGACGGAAAGUUGAGAGUACCCGCUGACGGGUCGCAGUGGAGAAAAAUUGAGAGAAAGUACGGGAAGGAGUUUGCAGAUGACGCAAGGAACGUAUGGAAGAAUGUGUACCUGGGCCAUCGUCGAUUUCUUCCGACCAACCAUCAAUGUCGAAAGAAAGGCAAGCAUUUCAAAGGCGAGGCAGAUCACCGGAAGAAGCCGGCCAUGCGUACCUGUGAUCACGUACUUGCUAUGGUCAAUGAUUUACACGUAAUCUUUGGAAAGGGUCCCGGCGGACUAGCUGUUCCGAAUGACGCUGAGGGACACGCACCCAUGUGGAAGAAGAAAUCUAUAUUUUGGGACCUACCCUACUGGAAAGAUCUAGAGGUCCGCUCUUCAAUCGACGUGAUGCACGUGACGAAGAACCUUUGCGUGAACCUGCUAGGCUUCUUGGGCGUGUAUGGGAAGACAAAAGAUACACCUGAGGCACGGGAGGACCUGCAACGUUUGCACGAA